GCUGUCAUGGACCCCGCGCGCCCCUCGCUGCUGCUGCUGCAGCUGCUGCUGCUCCUGCUCGCGCCGAGGCUGUGCCCCGCGCCCCGGUCGCGUCCCCGGAACGUGCUGCUGAUCGUCGCGGACGAUGGAGGCUUCGAGAUCGGCGCCUACAACAACAGUGUCAUCCACACGCCCCACUUGGAUGCACUGGCCCGCCGCAGCCUGACCUUUCGCAAUGCCUUCACCUCGGUCAGCAGCUGCUCACCCAGCCGCGCCAGCCUGCUCACCGGUCUGCCCCAGCACCAGAACGGGAUGUACGGCCUGCACCAGAGCAUGCACCACUUCAGCUCCUUUGAGGCUGUGCAGAGCCUGCCGCUGCUGCUCCGCAAGGCUGGGGUGCGCACGGGCAUCAUCGGCAAGAAGCACGUGGGGCCCGAAGCCGUGUACCCCUUUGACUUUGCCUACACGGAGGAGAACAAUUCCAUCCUCCAGGUGGGCCGCAACAUCACCAGGAUGAAGCAGCUGGUCCAGCGAUUCCUUCAGACUCAGGACCACAGGCCCUUCUUCCUCUACGUGGCCUUCCAUGACCCCCACCGCUGUGGCCACUCGCAGCCACAGUACGGACCCUUCUGUGAGAAGUUCGGCAAUGGGGAGAGCGGCAUGGGGCGCAUCCCGGACUGGACCCCACAGACGUACGACCCGAAGGAUGUGGUGGUGCCGUACUUUAUCCCUGACACCCCUUCGGCCCGAGCCGACCUGGCAGCCCAGUACACAACUAUUGGCCGUAUGGACCAAGGCAUAGGGCUGAUUUUGGGCGAGCUGCGGGGGGCUGGCGUCCUGAACGACACCCUGGUCAUCUUCACGUCUGACAACGGGAUCCCCUUUCCCAGUGGCAGGACCAAUCUGUACUGGCCGGGCGCAGCCGAGCCCCUGAUGGUGUCCUCCCCAGAGCACCCGGCACGCUGGGGCCAAGUCAGCGAGGCCUAUGUCAGCCUUCUAGACCUUACGCCCACGGUCCUGGACUGGUUUUCCAUCUCCUACCCCCGCUACUCCAUCUUCGACUCCCAGCCUGUGCAUCUGAGCGGCCGUUCCCUGCUGCCAGCGCUGCGGGUCGAGCCAGCGUGGGACACGGUGUUCGGCAGCCAGAGCCUCCACGAAGUCACCAUGUUCUACCCGAUGCGCUCAGUGCAGCGCGGGCCACUGCGGCUGCUGCAUAACCUGCACUUCCAGGCGCCCUUCCCCGUGGACCAGGACCUGUUCGUGUCGCCCACCUUCCAGGACCUACUGAACCGCUCGGCGGCCGGUGCGCCCACGCACUGGUACAAGGACCUGAGCGGCUACUACUACCGCGAGCGCUGGGAGCUCUACGACCAGAGCCGUGACCCCCGCGAGCUCCAGAACCUGGCUGCCGAUCCCCACUAUGGCCCUGCGCUGCAGCUGCUGCAGGCCCAGCUCCGCAAGUGGCAGUGGGACACGCAGGACCCCUGGGUGUGCGCUCCGGGAGGCGUCCUGGAGACCCAUCUCUCGCCCCAGUGCCGGCCGCUGCACAACGGGCUGUGAGCACUGGACGCCGAGCAGUUGCGUCUCUGCAUGUUCCUGUCUAUCCCGUCUUCAAAUCCCUCACGAGGGGCUGGAGUGUUAGCACAGCGGUAGGGCUUUUCCCUUGCACGCGGACGACAGGAACAGAUGCAGGUUCAAUCCCUGGCAUCCCAUAUGGGAUGGCUGAGCCUGCCAGGAGGUAUUUCUGAGUGAAGAGCCAAGAGUAACCCCUGAGCGUCACUGGUGUGGCCCAAAAACAAAACAAAAAAAAUUGCUAAUGGGACACAGGAACUAGGGGUCCAGCGUGGGGUGAUGUAGGGGCCCUUGAGAUGGAUUUGGGGGCAGCACUGGAAGGGACCCUUUGGGCACAGAGGAGGGUCCUUGCUGGUCUUGGGGGGGAGCCGGCCACGGGCUCUGUCCAGUCUUGGCCUUGUGGAGCCCUGGGGGUACGAGGCCUACCUCUACCCCUCCACAUACAGCUCACUAUGGGGUUUCCACCCCUAUGCAGGUCUCAUUUUGCCCGACUCCUUCCCCAUCCAUGAGGGCUGAGAACAGGCCAGACCCCACCCCACCCUGCAUGGUGUGGGGAGAUGCCUCAGCUGAUGCCCCCACCUCCCUCCCUGUAAGGAGGAGCCAUAGCCAAAGCUUCCCAGUUGCAUUUAUUUUCUUUGUUCUUUUUUGAUUUGGGGGCCACACCCAGCAGCACUCAGGGAUUACUCCUGGCAGGCUAGGGGGAUCCUGGGGAUGGGAUGCUGGGAUUGAACCCAGGUCAGCUGUGUGCAAAGCAAACGCCCUCAUUGUGCUAUUGCUCCAGCCCCAACAAACGCUUUUUCUCAUAAAGUGCACAAAGGC